AGUCGUCGGUGCCACGUUCUCCGAGUCCCAACGGCCAAAGAGAUGAUCAAGAGACCUGGCGCUUCAUUUCCCGGAGACCGCUGCUUCUUCCCUCUCUUCCUCCACGGCUCCGUCGUCUCCUCUUGUCCCAAUGCAGCAUGCGGACUGAGAUUGCGUCGCUCAGCCGAUCGGCGCUCCCCAGGCGCCGCCGUCGCGCGGCUCGGGUACUUGUCUGAUCCGCUGAGGUGGUAGCUUCCGGUUAUCUGGAGUUGUGCACAAUGAGAACUCUGCUCCAAGCUGGCGGUGGUGGUGGUGGCAGCAAUGGCCGUGGCGGCGGGGGUGGUGGCAAUGGAGGUAGCGGUGGCCUCGCACCAGCUGCCAACGAUUUAGUAAACAACCUGACAACCCCUCCUCCUUCCUCGAAUAACGAUUCGCCGGCGCCUCCCGACUCCUCUUCUGCACCGCCGCCUAAACCAUCAUCUCCACCGCCUUCUCCGUCAUCUCCCCCGCCAUCACCGCCGCUCUCACCUCCUCCUUCACCGGAGGCGUCCUCUCCCCCUCCACCGGAGGCAUCACCGCCUCCUCCACCCGAGGCAUCCUCUCCGCCUCCACCAGAAGCAUCCUCUCCACCUCCACCAGAAGCAGCGUUUGCACCUCCACCGGAGGCACUGCCGCCUCCGCCACCCUCUCCAGCGACGACGGCUCCUCCCCCAUCUCCCACGGCCAACCCACCGCCCCCACCGGAAAGUACCGCAUCCCCACCUUCCCCCAUUGAGGCGCCACCACCGCCGUCCGCUCCGUCGCCCGAGUGGCAGGCCAAGCCGCCUUCGUCUAAAGCGUCACCCCCGCCGCCCGCCGCGGAGUCACCAGCGUCGACUCCAGUGGAUGCCGCGCCGCCGCCACGUCAGUCACCAGGGGUUUAUGAGCCGCCUCCGUCAAGACAGACGAACAGCUCUGCCACCGCGCACUCGCCUCCGGCUUCGGCAUUAACACCUCCCGUAGCGGAUAGAAGCGUGCCGGCACCGACACCGCCCAGCAGUGGCGGCCUGAGCUCCGGCGCCACGGCGGGCGUGGCAGUGGUGGCCGUGAUCGCCUUCGUCUGCUUCGCCGGCGUGUUCGUGUGCCUGACGAAGCGGCGGAAGCGCAAGUACUCCGACCAGUACUACUCCGGCUUCGGCGCGCCGCGCUACAUGCCGCAGCACAUGUCCGGCGAGGCGCCGUUCCUGCAUGUGCCGUCUGGUCCGGGGUCGAUGAACUUCAGCAUGGGCGGCAACCAGCCGGGCAUGUCGCCGACGGCGAGCCAGGCGUACGGGCAUCAGCAGCAACAGCAGCAGCGAGGGUUCGUGUCGGGUAACUACAGCAGCACGAUGGGGAGCCAGGGGCCGGCUCGGAGCGUGGCGACGUCGGGCGACCUCAGCGUGGGCAACAGCAAGUCGUUCUCGUUCGACGAGCUGUACCAGAUCACGGGCGGGUUCGCGCGCGACAAGCUGCUCGGGGAGGGAGGGUUCGGGUGCGUGUUCAAGGGCACGCUCGGCGACGGCCGGGAGGUGGCCGUGAAGCAGCUCAAGGGCGGCGGCGGGCAGGGGGAGCGGGAGUUCCAGGCGGAGGUGGAGAUCAUCAGCCGCGUCCACCACCGCCACCUCGUCUCCCUCGUCGGCUACUGCAUCUCCGAGGACCACCGCCUGCUCGUCUACGACUUCGUCGCCAAUGACACCAUGCACCACAACCUCCACGGGAAGGGAAGGCCGGUGAUGGACUGGCCGACGAGGGUCAAGAUCGCGGCGGGGUCGGCACGCGGAUUGGCCUACCUGCACGAGGAUUGUCAUCCAAGGAUCAUACACAGGGAUAUCAAGUCAUCAAACAUUCUGCUCGAUGACAAUUUCGAAGCUCAGGUCGCCGAUUUCGGGCUUGCCAGGCUCGCGGAGAACGACGUCACGCACGUCUCCACGCGUGUGAUGGGCACAUUCGGGUACCUCGCUCCGGAGUACGCGUCGACGGGGAAGCUGACGGAGAAAUCGGACGUGUUCUCCUUCGGCGUCGUGCUCCUGGAGCUCAUCACCGGCCGGAAGCCCGUCGACUCGACCCGUCCCCUUGGCGAUGAGAGCCUCGUGGAGUGGGUAAGAUCUAGCAGCAGCAACACACUGACACAGACCUUCCCAACAGAAAAAUUCUUCAUUCAGUCAGUGACAACAUGCUGUGGCAUGCUCUUUUCUCAACCGCAGGCGAGGCCGCUGCUGAACCGCGCGAUCGACGAACAGGAGUUCGAGGAGCUGGUGGACCCUCGUCUCGCCGGGGACUUCGACGACGUCGAGAUGUUCCGCGUGAUCGAGGCGGCCGCGGCGUGCAUCCGGCACUCGGCUGCGAGGAGGCCCAAGAUGGGGCAGGUCGUUAGGAUUCUAGACAGCCUGACCCUGAACGACGUCGACCUGACCAACGGCGUGCAGCCUGGGAAGAGCCAGAUGUUCAACGUCGCCAACACGGCGGACAUCAAGCAGUUCCAGAGGAUGGCCUUUGGCAGCCAGGAUUUCAGCUCCGAGUACACCCAGUCCAAGGCCAGCAUGAGCGGCAGGAGGGAUCUGUAGGCACGCAACAAAUCCAUGAGCUUCGGACGAUUUUGUCUCUGUUUGUACGUCUAUUCUUUAUGAUUUUUUUGCAGUGAAUUUUCGCUGUCUAUACGUCUGAUUCUUUGAUGUGCACAUUGACAGAUUAAGCCCACAUGGUUGUGUGUUUCUAGAUAUUCUCGUGAGAUAUGUUUUCUGUCC